AUGGUUUUUGCUGAAGAGGAAUACGAUUCUACUCGAGAUGUUUUUGAUUCAGUGAUUUCUACGCUUGUUCCUACUUUGAUAGUUUAUAUGUUUGAUAAAGAUGUGAUUGGAAUUCGGAAAUUGAAAGAAGCAAAUCCUUCAGGUUCCAAAACAAAAGCGGAGGCAGGUUCUUCAGAUUCCGAAACGAAAGCAGAGGAGGGUUCAUCGGAUCUUGAAACGAAAGAUGAAAAUAUAAUACGUAAAAUUAAGAGAAAACAUGUCUUUGACGACUUUAUUUUUUUGAAUGGUAUCCAUCCUGGUUUUUACUUUAAUGAUGUUGAAUUACUUUGUUAA